AGUUUGGUGUCUACUUCAGUGCUUUCACUCUAACCCUCUAUCAGGGCCAGGUUAAUGUGCUACCUCGUUUAACCGCCCACCCCUUGACCAGCCUGGUAUGUGACUGAGACUUUGUCCUUUGCAGCUUGUCAAAUAUUACACCAGUGGCGGUGAGUAACAGCUAGCAACUCCGCUCCGACUGGGAACUCGUCCUCUCUCUCUCUCUCUCUCUCUCGCUUGGAUCGGAUAGACGGCAAUGGCUGCGAGUGUUGAGAAGUCUGCGCUUCAUGUCCCAAGUUUAGAAGAGUUUUGCCAAGUGUUACGGGAUGGGUUGAAGAGUAACUUUGCUGAGGUUCAGGUGUCGGUGGUGGACUGUCCCGAUCUUACACAGGCACCCUACACAUUUGCUGCAGCAGGUCUAUGUGGGAAUCCCCGAAUUGCGGAUGUUGGUGGGGUUCCUCACCUCGUACCCCUUCCACAAACCGACAAGAUCUACAAUCUCAAUAAUAUUGCUGAGGAGGUGGAGUUGCCCAGUGCCUUCAUCCUUGGAGCAGGAGCUGCAUCAUUUAAAGCUGUUGGUGUGAAUGCUGAGCUUAUGCCCAAUGUUUUUACCAAAGGAGAUGGCAAACCGGAGGUGAAUCAUAGCUACAGUGCCAAGAUAGACCCAGUCACUGGGGGAUGUGUCCUGGAGAAAUAUGGUGAAAAGUAUAAUAGCUGUGAUUUUGCAUUGCUGGCCAACUUGUACAUCAGUGAGGGGAGGCCUGGAAAGGUUGUUGAGGUAAGGAGCUGCAGACGGACAGGACCGACUAAUUUUGUGACCUGCAUGAGGGAAGCACUUGGAAAGCACUUUGGAGCCAAACCUGUGGGAGUGGGAGGAACUUUCCUGAUCCAGAAAGGAAAAGCCAAGAUUCAUGUUAUGCCCGAUUUUUCAUCCUGUCCUCUGAACAGUGACGAGGAUUUAAACAAUUGGCUGAAAUUCUUUGACAUGAAUUCUCCCCUCAUUUGCCAAUCAGUGUUUGUGUCCCGGGACCUGGGAUUUGACCUUCGUGUUGAACAUACCCAUUGUUUCAGCCAUCAUGGAGAGGGUGGACACUACCACUAUGACACCACCCCGGACAUUGUGGAGUACCUUGGUUAUUUUCUGCCGGCAGAAUACCUUUACCGCAUAGACCGACCGAAGAAAACCUAAACCCAUGUGACAUUUCCAACCAAUUGUUUUAAAAUUAUAAAUCUCCAAAAGACGUACAGGUUUGGUGGCUAAUUGACUUGGUAAAAUUGUAAAUUGUCCCUGGUGUGUGUAGGUAAGUGUUAGUGUGCGGGGACCGCUGGUCGGCACGGACUUGGCGGGCCGAAAGGCCUGUUUCCGCGCUAUAUCAGUAAAUUACACUAAACUAAAAAGGUUUUCAUUUCCUAGAUUGCAUUGAAUGUCGAAUCAUCCAUGUUAUCAGGAUUUCCACAGUCUAAUGAUAAAGUUUGCAGUUGCAUGUAAAAAAAAAAACGAGUUUAUUAAAUUCCCUCACUGUGUCAGCUUGAGUGUGAGAAUAUAAUCAUGUCAUUUAUGGUUCAUUUGGCUUGUCUGGUGCGUGGAUUUUAAAUGCGCGAAUCUUGCGUGAAGCAUCAGUGAUUACAGGGUUUACACUGCCUAUGAACCAAAUUUGAAGUAGUUAUUGUGGCUUUUCUACAGUACUUUCAUACUUAAUGUAUAGGAAGGAACUGUACAUGCAGAUCAGGACUGCAUAUUUCGCGUGGGCAGCUUACAACCCAGCGGUAUGAAUAUUGAUUUCUCUAACUUCAAGUAAUCCUUGCAUCGCCUCUCUCUCCCCGUCCCUCCCCCACACUAGUCGUCGAACUAGUUUCACUGUCGUCCUGUCGAGUUUCACUGUCUGUAUAACUCGUUAUCACCUAGCCCACAGCCAACAAUAGACCAUUGUGGGCUCUACCUUUCCUAGAUCAUCAUUACUUUUUUUGAAUAUAUUUCCUUCAUUUGUUCGAAAUCUCGAUAUCGCAGUCUACAUCUCCUGUUUUCCUCUCCCCUGACUCUCAGUCUGAAGCAGGGUCUCGACCCGAAACAUCACCUAUUCCUUUUCUCCAGAGGUGAUGCCUGCCCCGCUGAGUUACUCCAGCUUUUUGUGUCCAACUUUAAUAGUUAAUGCAGGUUAUGUAAGCUUUUGAAUCAGAAGGGACCAUUGAUUGAAGUGAUUGACUGUUCUGAAUUGUGUAGAAAAUUGUAACCGUCUGGAAUAAAGUUAACAGCUCCAGCUGAAGCGAA